UCCAGAACUGUAAAUAUCAAUGCUACCAAAUCCUAUCCAAAACAGAUAUAUGUGAUGGUCAGGGAAUGAGCAAAGAGUUCACACAAUUCCCAGGAAAAAAAUGGCAGCCAAAGUGGCACUCUCUUCUUCUUUCAGCACCAAGUUUCCACUCCCACCUAAACCAUCUUCAUCAUCUCCUUUCUCUUGCACUUACAUUAUACCAAAGACAAGGGUUCACCAUUUGAAAAUUCAUGCAAAAUUGGGUGGUGGGGAAGGAGAAAUCAAUAAGGGGGGAAAGAAGAAAUUCAUAACUCGAGAGGAAGAACCAGAACAGUAUUGGCAAACAGCAGGAGAAAGGGAAGGGGAGAAUCCCAUGAAGACCCCUAUUCCUUACAUUAUCAUAUUUGGCAUGUCGACACCUUUUGUAAUCUUAGCCAUUGCUUUUGCUAAUGGCUGGGUUAAGGUACCCAUUCGAUGAUUUGAUUAGGAAUCUGAUGCAAACAGCAGCAACAUGACAUGAAUGCCUAGUCUUAUUCAGUUAGUAACCUGUUUGAACAGUCGACCGCAUGGCGGUAGUCCGGUCGAGGCAUAUGUUCUUCAACAAUCGCUUGAAUAUUUAUGGGUUUCUUAGAUGAAACAUAGUAAUUCAACUAUUA